AUGAGUGGUGAGAAAAAUCCGGAAAACUUUUUGAGUGAGCGUCAACGAGAAGAUAGUGCAUGCCAGACGGAUGGCACUUUGGAAGAGAUUAACGGUAGUGGACAAGGUGGAAAUGAUCAUUCAGAAGAUAAUAUGUCCCCAAAACCUAUUUUAGAACAGGAUCGUUUUCUGCCUAUUGCAAACAUAUCCCGAUUAAUGAAAAAUGUGAUUCCUCGAUCAGGAAAAGUUGCUAAAGAUGCAAAAGAAUGCGUCCAAGAAUGUGUGUCUGAAUUCAUUUCUUUUAUCACAUCGGAAGCUUGUGAUCGAUGUAUUAAUGAAAAAAGAAAAACAAUAACAGGCGAAGACAUCAUUUUGGCAUUUUCUACUCUCGGUUUUGACAAUUAUGUGGAACCAAUGAGUGUAUACGUAAAAAAGUUUCGGGAGGCUUUUCGUGCAGAUCGAAGUAAUGAAACAAUUACAGAAUCGUCAAGUUCUCAAGCUUCAUUUUUGGAGAAAGUUAAUGUGAAUCAAGUUGUAUCUCAUUCUGAUGUUUACACUAUACAGGAUGGCAAUGAACCGGUGCCAUCAACAAGUGAUUGUACAUCUCAAGUUGUUUUCGCAGAACCGCGAUUGAACUUCUGUGGUUGUGCUUUUGACUUGCAUUUCGUUUAUAUAAUUACUCAAGAAGAUGCUGAUGGUGUGAUACGAGUUUUGGAUGCUGGUAAUGUGCAGCAGUUGCAGUUUCUAAUGGAUCCAACCACUGGGCAACAUUAUAUAAAUGUACAAAAUCCUAAUGGUACUCAGCAACUGUUACCUAUUCAGGUAAACUGCUUAAUCUUUGCUUCGUCGCGUGGUAUUCAUUUUUUUCCUUGCUUUCUAGAUUUUUUAUUAUUUUCAUCAAUCAACGUUGCAACAGUUUCUGACACUAAUCCAUCUUUGCCUUCCGGAAUUUUGGAAACCGAUAAUCGGAUUGGCGACAAGGUUAUGAAUGAAGAAAUGCCAAGUUUCGUAACGGAAGCUGAUUUUAGGCCGUCCUUAGCUGAAUCUAAUAAUGUGACCUUAAUGGAAGCACAGAUGGUGGCACAUGGUAGUGAACCACCUAUAAAUAAUCAUGUUUAUGAAAUCGCUCCUGAGCAUGACAUUACUGGUUGUUCCAUGGCUAAUGCUCAUCACAAAGAGCACAUACCGUAUGUUGCCACAAUGGGACAGUAUGGUCACCACCAAAUGAACCGUACUACUGGAGAACACUCACGGAAGCGUUCUCAUGAUGGCAUAGAAUACAUUUCAUUUGAAUGA